AUGACUAUUUAUUCUUUGUAUAUAUUAAAUAAAGCUGGUACCUUAAUCUAUCAGAAUGACUAUUCAGAUAAUGCAGCAAAACUAUCACACAAUGCAUAUAUUAGUUUAGGAUCAACGUUUCAUGGUUUACAUGCGAUCGCAUCGAAUCUAUCGCCAACUGGUUCAUCAUCUGGUAUCGAAGUAAUAGAAACAGAAGCUUUUAAAUUACAAUGCUAUCAAACACGUACAGAUCCAAAUCAACAGAAUCUAGAGGAAACACUGCACAGUAUCUAUGAAUUAUAUACAGACUACGUUUUAAAGAAUCCUUUCUACGAAUUGGAAAUGUCAAUUAGAUGUGACUUGUUCGAUUAUAAACUUAAUAGAUUCCGUUGUUUCAUUGACAAGCGUAUGGGACAAGAUGUCGCUGUCGACACUUUGGGUGAAGAAUUCAAGGGAUACGUCUUCAGAAUCACUGGUGGAAACGACGGUGAAGGUUUCCCAAUGUUGCAAGGUGUUGCUGUUCCACACAGAGUUCGUUUGCUCUUGACCAAGAACUCCGGAUGUUACAUCCCAAAGAGAGACGGUGAGAGAAAGAGAAAGUCUGUCCGUGGUUGCAUCGUUGCCGACGACAUUGCCUCCUUGCAAUUAAUCAUUGUCAAGAAGGGAGAUGCCGAACUCGAUGGUCUCACCAACGUUUCAUUCCCAUCACGUAAGGGUCCAAAGAGAGCCAACAACAUUCGUAAGCUCUUCAAGCUCUCCAAGGAAGACGAUGUCCGUCCAUACGUCAUCCGUCGUGAAGUUCCAUCCAAGAAGGAGGGUCGUAAGCCAAACAGCGUUGCACCAAAGAUCCAACGUCUCGUCACCCCAGUCACCGUUGCUCGUCGUAGAGCACUCCGUAGAGCCAUCGUCGAUCGUAAGGUCGCUGCUGCCACCGCUGCCGCCGAUUACGCCAAGUUGAUCGCUCAACGUCGUGAGGCCGAGAGAAAGUCAAAGAACUCCUCAAAGCACUCCAAGGUUUCCACCAAGGCUGCUGAAGUCGCCAAGCCAGCCGCCGCUGCCCCAGCCAAGAAGGUCGCCGCCCCAGCUGCUGCCCCAGCCAAGACUGCCACCAAGGCCGCCAAGAAAUAA